UGAGCUUCAACCAGUAGUUCUUUCACGAAUGUCAGAGACAUGCAUGAGACUCUCAUCCACGCUUUGACGAUCAUGCACAGCUGAAACAUGGACCUGCUUUUGGUUCUUCUAAUUGUCAGAUGAGAUAAUUCUACCUUUUAAAAAACCAAACCACUAAAAAAGACUUGCAUUUAAGUCCACCAUCCAUGGAUGACAGCAGUGCGUCAGCGCCUUUGUACUGGAGAUCAAAACCCCUGGGGAAGGUGAGGCGACGGGUUCAAGACCUCCGAAUCCCUUCCCCCUCUUGCUAUGACUUCAUAGCCAGCAGACCGGCGUUGGACCUGAGCCAUAACGAGAGCGCCCGGCUGGCAGUGGACUCCCUUCUGAGCCACGGCUUAGAGGGAUACCACGAGGUGUUGAACGCAGAGGGAGAAGUGGACUUUCUGUCACAGCUGGAGAAGAUUUACAUCCUGGAAAAUGGGAGGGAUGGAAAUACAGGUUCUGAUCCUGGUGCGUCUGAUGAAAGUGCUACUGAGUUUGACAGCUUGUCUACUGGGUCCCAGUCUGCCACACAAUGUCCUGCAGUGUCCACAGACAGUGAUCCCAUUUUGGCAGGUUUGGACCUGAGGGGGCAAAAAGAUGUAAGGCAGACUGACCCUGCCCUGGAUAAGCCAGAUGUUGAGGUUUAUUUUAAGUUUGACAACAGGGCAGCCAGCAUGAAAGACCUGGUCAGAGAGUUCAUCACCAAGGCUGGAAUGGCCCUGGCCAUAGUGAUGGACAACUUCAGUGACGUAGAGCUGCUCUGUGAUCUUCUCGAGGCGAGCAGGAAGAGGAAUGUGUCUGUUUAUCUGCUGCUGGAUCAUCUUCACCUGAACCUGUUUGUGAGCAUGUGGCAGGAACUCAAACUCAACAGCAAAAACUUUCCUGUGAGUCUGUUCAUCUUCCUCUUUCCACCCCCUGCCUGUCUGAGCCUUGCUGCAUUCUUUUUGGUGUGUGCCAAGACAGGCAGGAAGCUGACUGGUGAGAUUGCUGAGAGUUUUAUCAUCUCUGACUGGACUGAGGUGCUGACUGGCUCAUACAGUUUCUCCUGGCUGUCCUGGCAGACCCAUCGUAGUCUUGCUGUUCUUGUAAAGGGCAGCGCAGUCACACCUUUCCAUCAGGAAUUCCUCAGGCUACAUUCCAGCUCCAAACCAAUCCUCGGCUUUGAUACUUUUAUCACAGUGCCUCACACUCUCCCUCUUUACACCACAUUACAUGCAGCUGAAAGCACUUACAAUGAUCCCAGUAAGUCAAAACCAAGCCCGACCAAAACAAUAUGCCCCAGGGCUCAGAAGGAAGAUGGUCAAGACACUCAAACAAAAGCAAAAAUGCCAGUUUUAUCCAAUUCACAGAGUGCAGAAUUGGAGUGUAGCAAGGGUAAGACCCAACCUCUACACAGAGCAGGCGCUGGUACACAAAUGCAUGAAAAUCCUCCACAAUUGUGCCUAAAACCUCUUAUUCAACCAGGGGCACUGCAGAGUGUAUCUGUGGGAGAGCAUACAAUAGGAGCUGUCUGCACACAGCUUGGAGCACAAACACAUGUGGAGUUUCUGGAGAAGAAUCAACCCCAGAUCCAGAGUCACUCAAACCCUCUCAGUCAGCCCCAUGUCUCAAAUGUUCAGUCUCACCACUUCAUCGCCGCUACAGCUGAGAAGAAUACGAGGGCUCAAGAGUCAAACCCUCUACACACUGCUUCCCCAGCACACGAUCAGCACAGGAUUUUCAGCUAUCAAUCAACUUUCAGGACUAAUCUCGAGCACCCUUAUGUGGGUACUGAAGGUCUUUUCUUUCACCAAAGGAAUAGGAACAGAUUGACAGAGCAUUCUGGGAUUGCUGCAGGUCUAGACACACAAAGACGACAAUGGAACUACUUACUUAACUUUAAACCAAAGGCUGACUUUCUAUCUGAUAAUCCCAAAGUCCUGUCUCCUUUCACAUUACAGCAAAAACAAGCAAAGACAGACCUGUGGCUUCCUUUAACCUACCCGAGGGGACACACAUCUGUGCUACAAACUCAAGUGUCCUCUCUAGGAACCAGGAGGCAAGAUCACCCCCAGAGGCAUCACCAACCCUCCCUCCAGUUGCACCAAGCCACAGAGGCUCCAGGUUCAAAGUCAGCAUCAUCAGCCCUGGGAGCUCAUUUUAAACCUCAGCUCCAGUCAGACUCCAAGUUGUUCUUACCAGGUACAGGAGCCACACAACAUCUACAGCCCCACUCUUCCCAGCAGGCGAGGCCCCCUCCAAGACUAAUCUGGAUGAGCCAGAGUCGCACUGAAAGACCCAGACCUGUGGCUCGCCACAGCUCCUUCAGCACCACCUACGGGACGGGACAGCAAACGGACGGACAGGUGGGCUGGAGGCCGUUUCAUAGCAGCAUGAAUACAUCAGCAGGGAGGAGCCAGAGCAUGGCUGACAGACAAUUAGCAGGCCUUAAUCCAAACAUAACCAAGCAAUAUACAGACUAAGUUGAUCUUUAAAGUAUAUUCUACUGUUUAAAACAUAUAAAAUAUAUUUUACUGUUUAAAAAAAUAUAUGAAAUUAUAUAAAAUGAGUGUAUUUUGUCUACAGAAUUAUGAGUUAAGACUGAUGUGUGAACUAUUUUUAGAGCAUCAACCUUUGUGUGAUUUGUGUGUAGCACUUAAAAAAUGUUUUAUAUUUUUUUCUUAAAAACAAAAUGAUUUAAUUUUUGCUCAGUAAAUGUUUAAAAGCCUAUACAAUUGUGUCAAAAAUGUGAUAGUUUUUUAACAGAAUAUUCGGUUGACUUUGUCGUGUUCCUAUUCAAAAGCCCUGCAAACCCACACAGGU